AUGUCACAACCCACCACACCUAGACCUUCCGGUUCAACCGCUCACGUAGAAACUCCGGGAACCGAGGAGUCUAAGCCAAAUACCACCGCUGUUUACCCUUCCAAUGCUCAUGUCGCCAUUCGACGAAGACGUAAAGAAUCUGUCUACAUGCAAGAUGACAGUCCUCCCUUUGGAGCCACCAAAUAUCACGGUAAUCUUUAUGGUCUCGACCGAAAAACACAGUUAAAGGUUCAUUUGCAAUCAAAAGUGGACCGCGGGUUUUUCAUGGCUGACAAUGACUGGACGUGUUACCGUCGCAACUAUUUUCAAGUCAGCAGUACAUUCGCGUUGCAAGGCUAUGGUAUGAUUUAUGAUGGACAAGAAUUGCCUUGUCUUGUGGAAGUAGAAGGUCAACUGCAUCCUGUUCAGGCCUUCAUGCUCGGGAUUAAUGCGCGUAUCGCGAACAGUGAUAAAAAAAUCACAUUGAUUCAGCAUACCCCCAAGCGUGACAAAGGGCCUCAAACUGUACCGGAACCUAAACCUAUUCGACCGGGAGGCAACUUGACCCUCAGUACUAUCGGUACCGAUCAAACCAUGGUUACCUUUGAACGUGUGCAAUUUAAAUCCGCCACCGCCAACAACGGCAAACGAAGGGCCGCUCAACAAUACUAUGUUCUGACCGUGGUGCUGUACGCAAAAAUCGAAUCGGGGGCUUUGGUCACCGUGUGUUCCACCCAGUCGGCGCCUCUGGUGGUUCGUGGUCGCAGUCCAGGUCAUUACGCUGAAGCUGACGCGAACACUAGUCGAUCCAACCCUCCCAGCGACGUCCUUCCAUCUCCUUACGGUAAUCGUCCGCCCCAUUUUAUGCAAUCAGGCAUGAUGCAUUCGGGUGAAUAUUCACCUUACGAAGAUUAUUCGGGUAUGGCCUAUGGUGGUGCUGCGCCACCGCCACCACCAUCGGGUCCGCCGCCACCGCCUCACUUUGGUCAUAUGCAUCCGCCUCCACCUCCACCGGCGGGAACGUCGUCCAUGCUACCCAUUAUGCCUGCUUCGUCCGCACCCCCGCCGCCUUCGUCGCAACCCCAUUCGCCUUACAGUCCGGCCCACGGUCAUGGGCCAUUUGCGAUCAACGAACGGCAGGUGCAUGAACCUGCUUCCUCGGACGUGUAUGCGUCGUCUCCUUACGCUGAGAAUGGACCCAACCCACCCGCCAAGUACGGUGCACCUCAUCAACGUGUUCAAUCGAUGCCCGAACAUGACCAUUGGGCGAGAAUGCGCAUGGCCUCCAAUACCAGUAAUGCAAGCAUUGAAAGUGCUCCUAGUGGGCCAUCCUAUAUGAACGGACAUCAUGCGCAUGAGCAUCCAUAUUAUUCCCAUCCAAUGCCUUAUGCACAUUAUCCUCCUCCACAGUCGCCGGGCGCACCUCAACCACCGUAUCCCGGUUAUGACGCACGACCAGUGUCAAUGCAAAGGUAA